AUGGGAGAUUUAUUAUUACCAUGGGUUGAGAAAUAUAGACCAUCACAAAUUAAAGAUAUUGUUGGUAAUGAAGAGACUGUUUCAAGAUUACAAAGUAUAGCAAUCGAUGGUAAUCUACCAAAUAUAAUUAUAUCUGGACCACCAGGAACAGGUAAAACAACAUCAAUAUUAUGUUUAGCACAAGCUUUACUUGGACCAGCUUAUAAAGAAGCAGUAUAUGAAUUGAAUGCAUCAGAUGAACGUAAAUUAGAGGUUGUUAGAGACAAGAUUAAGAAAUUUGCAGCUAAAAAGGUGACACUACCACCUGGACGUCACAAGAUUAUCAUUUUGGAUGAGGCAGACAGUAUGACUGCCGGUGCACAACAAGCACUUCGUCGUAUUAUGGAAAUCAACUCUGCCACUACUAGAUUUGCAUUGGCAUGCAAUCAAUCGACAAAGAUUAUCGAACCCAUUCAAUCACGUUGUGCAGUACUUCGAUACACUCGUCUGUCGGACGAACAGAUUCUCAAACGUCUCAAAGAAGUGAUGACCAUUGAGAAUGUACCAUACCACGAGAAUGGACUUGAAGCAUUGCUUCAUACUGCCGAUGGAGAUAUGCGUCAAGCACUCAACAAUCUACAAGCCACCCAUAGUGGUUUUGGAUUGGUCAAUAACGAUAAUGUAUUCAAGGUGUGCGAACAACCUCAUCCAGCCAUUGUCACUAUGAUGUUGUCUGCCUGUGCAGAAUGCAAAUACAAAGAGGCGUAUGCACAGAUGGAUGUUCUCUGGUCAAAGGGUUACGCAUCAACAGAUAUCCUCACCACCAUGUUUAGAGUGUGUAAAACCAUCUAUGCCAUACCAGAAUACCAACGAUUAGAAUUUAUCAAGGAAAUCGGUAUUAGUAAUAUGAGAGCUUCUGCUGGUAUGAAUACUUUGGUUCAACUUACAGGUUUAUUAGCUCGUUUAUGUGAUGUUUCAAGAGUUAUGAUGAAAAAAUAG